AUGCUCACCAACCGCAUCCUCGAUUUAAGAAGCCAAUCUAAGUUCGAGUGGGAGGUCCGAGGUAAACUGGAGAGCCAGGAACAGCUUCGGAUCCAGCUGUACUCCCACAGCAGGUACCUCUCCGACAGGCUCAUCGGAUCCUACUGCCUCAUCCUCCAGUCCUUGGUCCUUGAGAAGAAACUGUUGAUCACCGACACCAUACUGGACAACAACAACAGGCCACUUCCAGUAAGUUAA